AUGCAGCACAAGACCAUCCCAGGCGCAAAUGGGCUGGUCGCAUGUGCAAGCAAAGUCGGCUGGCUGAUCUUCGGCACGAUAGAUGAAAAAAGUAAGGCGGAAGAACAAGUGUUGGCCGCGGCUAUAGACGUGCAAAAGCCAAUGAUGGACUUAAAAGAAUUUUGGAGUCUAGAACAUAUGGGAGUAACCCCGCAAGAAAAAGCAGAACGCGCAUUCUUGGAGACCUAUCAGGAUACGAUUCUGCGGGCAGCCGAUGGGCGAUACAUGGUUUUGUUCCCCAUCAAGAUCGGCCAUCGCAGAAUCGAAUCCAACCGGAACAUCGCGAUGAUACGGCUGCAAGGGCUGCUGGGCAAAACCCAAUUGGAAGAUAAGCUGAAAUACCACGAGAUAUUCCAGCAAUAUAUCAGAGACGGAUUCAUCGAAGAAGCCGGCCGAGAAUUCACCGGUGACUGCACAUACUUACCUCACCGCUUGGUGAUUAAAGUUAGCGCGGAAACCACGAAAAUUCGGCCAGUGUUCGAUGGAUCAGCCCACAUGAAGGAAAGACCUAGCAUCAACGAUGCUUUGGAAAUAGGGCCAAAUCUAAACCCGGAAGUAUUGGCGGUCUUGUUGCGGUUCCGACAGAAUCGGAUAGCCUGGACCGCAGAUAUCACUCAGGCGUUUCUCCAAGUUGAGAUCCGCCCGGAGCACGGGCAGUUGAUAAGGUUCAUCUGGGUCAACGAUCCUAGAAAACCUCAGCCCAGAUUGAUCGAGUAUAGAUGGAAAAGAGUGCCGUUCGGGUUGUCAUGCAGCCCGUUCAUUCUCAAGGCCGUCAUCCUCAAACACCUGAAAGGGUUUGAAGGAAUAUACCCCGAGACAGUGCGACAGCUACAACAGCAGUUGUACGUUGACGACUGGCUAGUGGGGGAGACCAAUGUUGACGAAGCGGAGAAGCGUAUUCGCAAAGCGAACACGAUCUUCAAAGCCGCAAAAAUGGAGCUGUUCAAAUGGAUCUCCAAUAGUGCAGAAUUGAUUGAAAGACUGCCGGAGGUCCAAUUUAAAGAGACGGUCACGAACGUGGCAGCAGAGGGAAAGUCAGCCACAAAAGCCUUAGGGUUGAUCUGGGAUCCAGCAUCGGACAAAUUUAGGUUUGAUCCGACGCAGGUACUCAGAGAAGCACGAGAAAUUGGUGACAGACCCACCAAACGGAAGCUUUUCAGCCUGGCACUGAAAAUCUUUGACCCUUUGGGCUCAUCGCUCCGGUGA